CGCGCAAGCGCAGUAGGCCCAGUGCGUGCUGGCCCGGGGUGGCAGGGGCCGCAGAGGCUUGGGCUGCAGAAAAAGGAUCCUAUUUGCUGUGUAAUCCUGAGAAUGGACUGCAAGAGAGGAAAAACUGGGCGUCUGCUUGGGAAUCUAUUGUGGAAACCCAGGGUGUUUCCCGACCAGUCCCUGGGCGCCAACUAGAGUAUGGACUGACCAGGUACCUGGAUGGAGACCUGAGCUAGAGAAGGAGAUGCGCUUGGGAGGGGAUUCUGAGUACCUCCCAGGGAACAGGACAGCUGCUUAGCUGAGUUCGACAGAGGCCCUCAGCUUCCCAGCCUCCACCUGCUACCGAAAUUGCAGAGGCCAUCAACAUGGAAAAGCAGCCCCAGAACAGCAGGAGAGGCCUCACCCCCCGAGAGGUGCCGCCAGCUGUUGGGCUGCUGCUGAUCAUGGCCCUGAUGAAUACUCUGCUCUACCUCUGCCUCGACCACUUCUUCAUCGCUCCUCAACAAUCCGCUGUGGACCCCACACACUGUCCCUAUGGUCACUUCAGGAUAGGACAGAUGAAAAACUGCUCACCUUGGCUGUCCUGCGAGGAGCUGAGAACAGAAGUGAGACAGCUGAAGCGUGUUGGGGAAGGAGCUGUAAAGAGAGUCUUUCUGUCUGAGUGGAAGGAGCACAAAGUUGCUCUCUCACAGCUCACCAGCCUGGAGAUGAAAGAUGAUUUCCUCCAUGGACUGCAGAUGCUGAAAUCUCUACAAGGCACACAUGUUGUCACGCUGCUUGGCUAUUGUGAGGAUGACAACACUAUUCUUACUGAAUAUCACCCUCUAGGUUCCUUGAGUAACCUGGAAGAAACACUAAACCUUUCAAAGUACCAAAAUGUGAACACGUGGCAGCACAGGCUGGAGCUGGCCAUGGACUAUGUCAGCAUCAUUAAUUACCUGCACCACAGCCCUGUGGGCACACGGGUCAUGUGCGACUCCAACGACCUGCCGAAGACACUGUCCCAGUAUCUGCUAACAAGCAACUUCAGCAUUUUGGCAAAUGACUUGGACGCCUUACCCCUGGUGAACCACAGCUCCGGGAUGCUGGUGAAGUGCGGCCACAGGGAGCUGCAUGGGGAUUUCGUGGCUCCAGAGCAACUGUGGCCCUAUGGAGAGGACGUUCCUUUCCGUGAUGAUCUCAUGCCCUCAUAUGAUGAGAAGAUUGACAUUUGGAAGAUCCCAGACAUCUCCAGUUUCCUUCUGGGGCACAUUGAAGGGAGUGAUAUGGUCCGAUUCCAUUUGUUUGAUAUUCACAAAGCAUGCAAGAGCCAGACUCCCUCAGAAAGACCCACUGCCCAGGACGUUCUGGAGACCUACCAGAAGGUCUUGGAUACACUUAGAGAUGCCAUGAUGUCUCAGGCAAGAGAGAUGCUGUGAAAACCAGUCCAGCCAAUGAAGGUGGGAUUGAAGGGCUGAAUGGAAGUUACAGCAUUCUACUCUGAUGGUGGAGUUUUUUGCCUGAGUUUCGUGUUUUAUUGUUUUUUUUUUUUAUGGCUUAGCCGUGUGGUUCAUUGUCCACACCCACAUGUACGUUUGUAUGUAGUCCACAUUGGUUGUUAGAUUUUUUUUUUUUUUUUUUUUGAGAUGCGGUCUUGCUCUGUUGCUGAGGCUGGAGUGCAGUGAUGUGAUCUUGGCUCACUGCAGCCUCUGCCUCCCAGGUUCAAGUAAUUCUCCCACCUCAGCCUCCUGAGUAGCUGGGAUUACAGGCACACCACCACGCCUGGCUAAUUUUUGUAUUUUUAGUGGAGGUGGGGUUUCACCAUGUUGGCCAGGCUGGUCCCGAACUCCUGACUUCCUCGGCCUCCCAAAGUGUUGGGAUUCCAGGCGUGGGCCACUAUGCCUGGCCAGUUGUUAGAUUUCCAUGGAUUUGUAGUUUCCAAAGUUUCUCGUUAUUGAUUUCUACUUUUCUUCCAUUGUGGUCUGAGAAGGUACUUGAUAUGAUUUAGAUUUUUAAAAAUUUAUCGAGACUUGUUUUGUGGUCUAACAUAUCGUCUAUGCUGCAGAAUGGUCCAUGUGCUGAUGAGAAGAAUGUAUAUUCUGCAGCUGUUGGAAGAAAGGGUCUGUAAAUGUCUGUUAGGUCCAUUUGGUCUAUAAUGCAGAUGAAGUCUGAUGUUUCUGUCUAGAUGAUCUGCCCAAUACUGAAAGUGAGGCAUUAAAAUCCCCUGCUUUUUUUUUUGUAUUAGGAUCUGCCUCUCUCUUUAGCUCUAAUAGUGUUUGUUUAUACAUGUGAGUACUUUGGUAUUGGGUGCAUAUGUAUUUAAAAUUGUUACAUCCUUUUGCUGAGUUGAUCCCUUUUUCAUUAUGUAAUGAUCUUCUUUGUCCCUUUUUAUGUUUUCUGACUUAGUCUAUUAUGUAUAAGUAUAGCUACUCCUGCACAUUUUUGGUUUAAAUUUGCACGGAAUAUUUUUUUCCAUCUGUUCACUUUCAGUCUAUAUGUGUUUUUACAUGUGAAGUGAGUUUGUUAUAGGUAACAUAUAGUUGAAUCUUGUUUUUUUAAAAUCCAUUCAGCCAGUCUAUGUAUUUUAAUUGGAGAAUUUAAAUUAUUUACAUUCAGGUUUUUAUUGAUAGGUGAGGACUUAGUCCUGUGCUUUUGUUUUCUGAUUGUCUUGUAUAUAUUUUUUCCUAUCUUUUUUAUUUAUUCUUAUUUUUUAUUUUGAGACAGAGUGUUGCUGUGUCUCCCAGGCUGGAGUGCAGUGGCAGGAUCUCGGCUCACUGCAACCUCUGCCUCCCAAGUUCAAGCAAUUCUCCUGCCUCAACCUCCCAAGUGGCUGGGAUUACAGGUGCCCACCACCACACCCAGCUAAUUUUUGUAUUUUUAGUAGAGACGGGGUUUCACCUAUCUUCUUUUGUAUUGUUUACUUUACAAUUUGGUGGUUUUUUAAAUAGUCAUAAUGUUUGAUUCCUUUUUCUCAUUUGUGUUUCUGUUCUAUUAGUGAGUUUUAAGCCUUUGUUUGUUUUCAUGAUGGUAGAUACCAUCCUGUCUAUUUGAAGAUCAGAUGAGAUUGGGUGCGUUCAGGGUGGUAUUAAUGUGGGAAUGAAGGAGGACUGGAGAGACAAUGGGGUGAGACAAGAGGAUUUUUAUUGAGUGCACUCAGACCCAGCUGAUAACAUUCCAAAAACUGGGCCCAGACAAAGACAGUACUUGACUUUUAUACACACUUCUAAAAGGGGGUGGGCUAGCUUGAAACAAGCUUACGGUGGCGUGAAGCAAAGAUACAGGGGCAGAACAAAGGCAGCUAAUCAAACUGUGACAGGUUCAUGAGCCAGGAUUACAUAUGACCUUUGCUGUGCAGCUCACAUGGCUGUUAUCUAGGCUUGCUCAAAAGAGCCUUGCAUGGGCUUAUCUCAUAACGUUCGCUAUGGCACCCAGACUGCUGCAGCCCAGGCCUGCUCAGGCAUGUCUUACAACCUUCACUGUGCUGAUUAGUUAAAACAGAGUACUUGUAGUUACUGGUUACAGAAAACCGGAAUCUAUAAACUCAUAUGUUUACUCAUAGGGGAAAGGAAAAUUAGUUUUUUUCUCCCUAUGUUGAGGGAGUGCUGGGAGAGUCUCCAGAGUACAUUCCUUUGAGCCUUUGCUUAUUUGAUAAUGUUAUCGAGACUUUGUCUGGGUCCAGGCUUUGCCUGUUAACUGCCUUUGGGAUGAGUCAGCCUAAUAUAGAAAGCUUGUUUUUCUCUUUUUAAUUUUAUUUUUCUUUCUUUAAUUUCCUGCCUCAGUAUGGCUGUCUUUCUCUUCCAGAUGUAGGAUUCCCUUAAGCAUUUCUUGUAGGGCUGAUCUGGUUGUGAUGAUUUCCCUGUUUUUUUUUUUUUUUGAGAUGGAGUCUUACUCUGUCACCCAGGCUGGAAUGCAGUGGCACAACCUCUGCUCACUGCAAGCUCUGCCUCCCGGGUUCGCGCCAUUCUCCUGCCUCAGCCUCCCAAGUAGCUGGGACCACAGGUGCCCGCCACCACACCCGGCUAAUUUUUUGUAUCUUUAGUAGAGAUGGGGUUUCACCAUGUUAGCCAGGAUGGUCUUGAUCUCCUGACCUCGUGAUCUGCCCUCCUCAGACCUCGUGAUCCACCCGCCUUGGCCUCCCAAAGUGCUGGUAUUACAGGUGUGAGCCACCGUGCCUGGCCAGUAUUUUUUUUUUUAAAGCUAAAUUAUCAUUAAUGUUAAAAUUUAACUGACCAUGUAUAUAACUGUGUAAUUGCUGCUUUCUCACAGAACUGUCUAGGAUUCAUUCAACAGACCACAGAAAUGAGGUCUGGCAUUUAACAGACUAAUGAUAGAGGAAAUAAACUGGUUUAUACAAGAAUAUCAAAAUACUGUCAUGUGGUUUAGUGUAGCUCAAGUUAUGAAUUAGUGCCAACUCUUGCUGCAGUGUCUCUGACACAAUUUUAUCUUGGAACUUGGCGAUUUAAGUUGACUUUCUUCACUGAAAAGAGUUCUUUCAUGAUACUCUUCAUGAAUUGCUCAUAUAGCAGCUUAAUCUCUUUCAUUUGCUGUUUCCUAACAAUGCUAAUUUGUUGCCACAUCUUUGGUUGCUCUUGAAAUAUUUUAAUUAGUUUUUCUUCCUCUCCUCAGUCUUCUACAUGUCUAUGUUGUAUUCUUGAAGCAAAGUCAGCAACUGUAUAGGAUAUCUAUAAUUCCAUUUCUGCAUUCUGUGUUCUCAAAAUAACAUUCAGUUAUGUUCUCGGUGUUGAUGCAAGCUUUUGUAUAUACUUUUGAGGCCUUUUUCUUUUUGCAGCAAGACCCUGUUUAAUGGCAGCUGCAAUUACUUGUAGCUUCUCUACAUCAACCCCCUUGUCUUCCUCAUCUGUUUCUGCAAAGGUUUUCUUUCCCUGUGCUAAUCAGUUUCUGGAUCCUUUUCUCCCUGUUGCAUUUCCUGGGUGGCCAUGACCUGAGCCUCCAACUGGACCUUGGCAGCCCUCCUGUUGCUCCUCCUGCCUUGGGUGCAAUCUCUAGUUGUCCUGGGAUGCCAGAGGCGACUCCUCAACCCUAAGGGACCCUUGAUGGUGCUCCCUUACAGGACCUGUAUAAUGCCUCACUAUGAGGCUCCUCUGAGGGCCUGGGGUCCUCCUUCUCUCAGUUUUUACUUGUGUGGGAAAGACUUUAUGUGUCCUUCAAUUUUGAAGGAUAGCUUUACUUAGUUUAAUAUUCUUGGCUGGCAGUUUUUUUUAUUUCAGCACUGUAAUAUAUAUUAUCCCAUUCUCUCCUGACCUGUAAGUUUUUUUUUUUUUAAACAGGAAAUUCUCUUAUAAGUGACUUGAUGGUUUCCUUUUGCUGUUUUUUGAAUUCUCUCUGUUUUUGACUUUUGACAAUUUGAUUGUAAUGUGCCUUGCAGAAGACCUUUUUGGUUUGAAUCUUUUUUGGGAUUACUGAACAUCCUGUAUCUGGAUGUCUGUAUCUCUUGCAAGACUUAAGAAAUGUUUGACUAUUAUUUUGCUAAAUAGGUUUUCUGUGCCUCUUCCCUUCUCUUUCUUGAAUUUAUUUGGUCUGACUGGGUUAUUUCAAAAGACCUGUCUUCAAGUUCAGAAAAUCUUAGUUUUGCUUUAUCUAGUGUACUUUUGAAGCUCUCAGUUGCAUUUUUUAAUUUUAUUCAUUGAAUUUUUCAGUUCCAGGAUUUGUUUGGUUAUUUUUCUAUAUCUAUCUCUACUGACUGUCUUAUUCAGAUCAUGAAUUGUUUUCCUACUUUCUUUGUAUUAUCUGUGUUCUCUUGCAACUUGCUGAGUUUCCCUAAGAUAAUUAUUUUGAAUUCCUUUUCUGGCAUUUUUAUAGAUUUCCUUUUCUUUUGAAUCUGUUACUGGAGAAUUAUUGUGUCUCUUUGGAGGCAUCAAAUUUCCUUGCUUUUUCAUGUUUCUUGUGUCCUUAUGUUGAUACCUAUUCAGCUAGUGGAAGAGUUGCUUCUUCCAAUUUUAUGGAUUGGCUUUCAUAAGGAAAGACUUUUUUGUAGGCAUAUCUGUAGUUUUGGUUGUGAUUAGGAUGUUUUGGCUUUGAUUCUGGUGAGCACAGGAGUGUAGGCUCAAUGAUUUCUUCAGCUGUAACCAAUGUAACUGGUGUCAUGUAACCAUGUCACUGUGAGUCCUCAGUGGCUUAAGUUGCCAUUGUUAGCUGAGGCUGUUGUGAGGCUUUUCUGGGGAAAGGGAUGCCAGAGGGGCCAGUCCCUGGGCCUUUUGGUGGCAUGGGCAGGCUUUAGCUGUGGUGGCGAUGGGCUGGGCAUGCUAGUCCUCAGGACCCCAGCUGUUGUAAGUGCUGGUAGUGGGGGGCCCAGGUGGGCUGGGCCUCAAGCCCCCAGGCAGCAUUUAUGGUGCUGGCAGUGGCAGUAGCAGCAGUGGGCUAGACACUGGACUGUCAGGUGGCAAUCAUAGCUGUUGGCAGUAGCUGUGGCAGGAUGAAUGGGACAGUUUCUAGCCCCCUAGGUGAUGCACUUGGGUGGGCACUGGUGGUGGUAGGUGGGGCAGGCCUGUUCAGGCCUUGGGAUUGUGUGCAUGGGCACCAGUGGUGUUGGAUGGGGUGGGCCAGUCAUCAGGCCCCCCUACAGAGCAUAUAGGCACCAGUAGUGGCAUGAGGGAAAGAUAGCACUGGAGAACACUGGUGACAGUGGGUGGAGCAGGCCUGUCUUUAGGUUCUUGGAUGGCACAUAUGGACACACUGGUCCUCAGGCCCCCUGAAGGUGCACACAGGCAUGCUGUUGCCCUGCUGAGAGGGGCAAGGUUCUGUUGGUGGCAUUGGUGUUGGGAAGAUGGCUCCCAGGUUCUGGGAGCUUCAGCUCCCUUUUUGCUGGGGUAGCCUCCGUGGUGUGCUAUACUGCCUGUUCCCUGGGAUAUAAGACACUUCAUGGGUCAGAGUACUGGGGGCCUGGCUGCACUGCUGGGUGAUUGUGAUACUGCAACCUUCUGGAUGGAUGUGGGAGGAUGUUCUUGGGGGCCCAGGGAUGUGGACUGCAGGGGCUUAUUGGACCCCAAGGCAGGAUAUAAUCUGGUGGGGGCUAGCCUCUUAAAAUGGUGCUGUGCCACAGCAGCAUGUUUCUUGGGAUGUGAGUAGGAUCCAGUGGAAUUCCCUUUCUGGAAGAACACAUUUGCAUGGAUUCCAGGCAGCUCCGUAUACUGGACUCAGGGCCUGUGAAGGCUGACGGCAUCCCCUGUGGGUGCCAGCAUCUGUGCUGCGAAUGUGGACCACUGCAGUUGUUUGACUUUUCUUUUCCCAGAAAUGGGAUUCCCCUCCUGCUUCUGAGCCAGUCCAAGACAUGCUGGCUGCUUUAUUUACUGCUCCCUUUGUGCCUCAGAAGUUCCCUGUUGAAUAGUGUUCUGUCUUUGGUGCUCUACUUGACAUGUGGUUAACUACUUGCUUUUUUGGUCCUUUGUUGUGGAGGAGUUGAGUGCCAGGCUCACGGUUUUUUGAUUACCAUAGUUUUGUAGUAUUUUUUGAAAUUCAGAAGUGUGAGACCUCCAACUUUUUCUUUUUCAAGAUUAUUUUGGCUGUUGAGUCAAUUAUGAUUCCAUAUGCAUUUUAGAUGGAUUUUUCUAUUUCUGGAAUUUUGCCAUUAGGAGUCUGAUAGAUACUGCAUUGAAUCUGUAGAGUGCUUUGGGUAGUAUUGACAUCUUACCACUAUUAAGUCUUCCAGUACAUGAACACAUGCAUUUUCCUGAUGACUAAUGAUGUUGUACCUUUUCAUAUGCUUAUUGGCUAUUUGUAGAUCUUCCUGGGAGAAAUGUCUAUUCAGACUUUUUGCCAAUUUUUUAAUUUGUCCAUUUAAAAAUCAGGGUUUUUUUUUGUUGUUGAGUUGUAGGAGUUCUUUUUGUAUUCCUUGUACUAGUCCCUUAUCAGAUAUAUGCUUUGCAGAUGUUUUCUCCCAGGUGGGUUGUCUUCACUUCCUUGGUAGUGUCUUUUAAUACACAAAGUUUUAAAUUUUUAUGAAGUCAAAUGUAUCUACAUUUUUCUUUGGUUGCUCAUGCUUUUGGUGUUGCAUCUAAGAAUCCACUGCCAAAUCCAAGGUCGUGAAGAUUUACUCCUAUGUUUUCUUCUAAGAAUUUUAUAGUUUUUGCUGUUACAUUAAGGUCUUUGAGCCAUUAAGAUCUUUGACUUAACUUUUGUAUAUGAUGUAAAGUCAUUGUCAAACAUCAUUCUUUUGCAUUUGGCUGUCCAGGUAUCCCAGCAUUAUUUGUUGAAAUGCCUACGCUUCUUUAUAUUCCCUUGACUCCUCUAACCAAGGCAGUUGGACCUUUGCUACUACCACUGCCCUGAAACUGCUGUCACUGGGUUACUGAGGACUGGGUAGCUUAGUUGAGUAGAUAAUCUUUUGUUGUUUCCUCCUUGUAAUAUACAAGCCUUGGCUUCUGUGACAUCAUACUCUCCUAAUUUUCCCCCUGUCACUGUGGCUUCUUCUCAGUCUCUGUCCAUCCCUGGUGCUCCUGAAGGUUCUGUUCUCAGCCUUAAACACAUUACCUGGGUGAUCUCAUUCUCUGCCAUGACUUCACUUGCCAUAUAUGUGCUGAUUUUCCCCAAAUUCCUAUUUCUCCCGACCUUUACAUCUAUUUUAUUUGCAGGUCAUAUAUCUAAUAAGGAAUUGAUAUCCAGUGUACAUGUAGAACUCCUGUAAUUCAAUACAGAAACCAAACAGUCCAAUUAAUAAAUGGAGAAGAGAUUUGAAUGAACAUUUUUCUAAAGAACAUCUCAAGCUCAAGAUUUCCCAGAUAACUUUUCUUUCUUCAAAAUCUGCUUCUGUGUUUCCUUAUCUGUAGGUGGCACAGCAUACAUCUGAUUUCCCAAGCCAGAAACCUCAUAGUUAUUCUUGACUCCAGGAAGAAAUAUUAUUGAGUUUUUAAAAACUCAGCUUAUUGACUCAUUGUUUUAUAUAAUAAAAUGCAACAGUUUUAAGUGUAUAUUUCAAUGAGUUUUAAUACAUUUAUGUACUUGUGUCACUAUCCUCAUAGAUAGAGACAAAACAUUUCUAUCACACCGGCAAUUUCCUAUGUGUCCCAUCCCAAUCAAUCCUUUCCCCUUUGCUGGCUCCAAACAAUGACUCUUUCCUAUCUUUUUAGAAAGAUUAGAAUUGCUUUUCCAGAGUUCCAGUAAUGGAAUCAUACAGUGUCUAAGUCUAUUUGUGGUGCUAUAACAAAAUACCUGAGACUGGGUAAUUUAUAAAUUAUAGGAAUUUAUUUCUCACAGUUCUGGAUGCUGAAAAGUUUAUGAUCAAGGCACUAGCAGGUUUGGUGUCUGAGGGCCCAGUUUCUAAUUUGAAGAUGGUGCUUUGAACACUGUCCUCACAUGGUAGAAGGGGCAGAUGGGCAAAAAAAAAAAAAAAAAAAAAAAGUGGGGGCAAAUGCUGUGUGUAGCCCCUCUCAUAAAGGGCUUAAGCUCAUUCACCAGGGAAGAGCUCUCAUGACCUAAUCACCUCCAAAGACCCCACCUCUUAAUACUAUUGCAUUGCAGAUUAAGUUUCAACAUGAAUUUUGGAGGGAUACAAAUAUUCAAACCAUAGAAUAUAGUAGUAUAGUGUAGUAUAUAUUUUUUGUGUUUGUCUGCUUUUGCUCAGUGUAAUGUUUUUGAGGUUCAUCUAUGUUGUUGCAUGUAUUAGUAGGUUGUAUCUAUUGGUGCAUAGUUAUUCCAUUGUAUGUAUGUACCACACUCUUCAUUUACCUGCUGAUGGAUAUUGCAUUGUUUCCAGUUUUGGGUUAUUAUGAAUAAAACUGCUGUUAACCUUAAAAUAUAAGUCUUUGUGUAGACAUAUGUUUUCAUUUGUCUUGAGCAAAUACCUGAUUGGUCAGAUGGUCAUAUGUCAGUAUAUGUUUAAUAUCAUGUACUUCCAACUGUUUACCAAAGUAGUUGUGCCAUUUUAUUUUCCCACUAGCGAUGUAUGAGUUCCAUUUGAUCCACAUCUUUGCCAACACUUGUUAUUUAUUUCAGCCCAUUAAAUUUUAGCUGUUUUAGUGGGUGUGAUUAGUGUCUCAAUGUAGGGUUUUUUUGUUUUUGUUGUUUUUUUUUUAUUGCCUUUCUCUAUUGCCCAGGCUUGAGUGCAGUGGCACAAUCAUAGCUCACUGCAGCCUCAAUUUCCUAGACUCAAGUGAUCCUUCCACCUCAGCCUCCCAAGUAGCAGUUAGCAUCAAGGUUUCUUUCCAUGUGGAUAUCCAAUUGUUCCAGCAUUAUUUAUUGACAAGAUUAUCCUUUCCUUCAUUAAAUUCCUUUGGCAGCUUGGUGAAAAACCAAUGGGUGGGUUUAUUUCUAGGCUCUCUAUCCUGUCCCUUUUUGUUUUUUUUUUUUUGUUUUGAGACGGAGUCUUGCUGUGUUGCCCAGCUGGAGUGUAGUGGCAUGAUCUCGGCUCACUGCAACCUCCGCCUCCCGGGUUCAAGUGAUUCUCCUGCUUCAGCCUCCUGAGUAGCUGGGAUUACAGGCAUGCGCCACCAUGCCCAGCUAAUUUUUGUAUUUUUAGUAGAGAUGGGGUUUUACCGUGUUGGUUCGGCUGGUCUUGAACUCCUGACGUCGUGAUCUGCCUGCCUUGGCCUCCCAAAGUGCUGGGAUUAGAGGCAUGAGUCACCACGCCUGGCACCUAUCCUUUUUUAGUAAAUCUUAACAUCAGGUAGUUGUAAGACCUGCAAAUUCGUUAUUUUUCACAAUUGUUUUGGCCAUUUUAGGUCCUUUGCAUUUCCACAUACAUUUUUAGAAUCAACUUGUCAAUUUUAACAACAACAACAAAACAACAACAACAACAAAACUCCUGGAAUUUUGACUGGGAUUGUAUUGAACUUAUAGAUCAAUUUGGGGAGAACUGGCAUCUUAACAGUAAUGAUUCUUCCAAUCUAUGAACACAGUAUAUCUCUCCAACUUUUUAGGUCUUAAUUUUAUUAAAUUGUUUGUAGUUUUCAGUGUUCUGGUCUUGUACCUGUUUUAAAUUUUAAAAAUUCCCACUUUGGGAGGCUGAGGCAGGCAGAUCACGAGGUCAGGAGUUCGAGACUAGGCUGGCCAAAAUAGUGAAACCCCAUCUCUACUAAAAAUACAAAAAAAUUAGCUGGGCAUAGUGUCGCACAUCUGUAGUCCCAGGUACUUGGGAGUCUGAGGCAGGAGAAUCGUUUGAACCCAGGAGGCAGAGGUUGUAGUGAAUCGAGAUUGUCCCAUUGCACUCCAACCUGGGCGACAAGAGCAAAACUCUGUCUCAAAAAAAAAAAAAAAAAAAAAAAUUCCAUCAUAAAAGAAAAAAAUUCAAUUGUAAAUUCCAGUUUUUUCAGUGUCAACAUCCAGUUGUUUAUGUCCAGAAAAUAAAAAUACAAUUGAUUUUUGUAUACUGACUUUGAAUUCUGUGACUUUGCCAAACUCAUGAGUUCUAGUAGCUUUUUGAUGGGUAGAUUCCUUAAGAUAUUCCACAUGUACAAUCAGGCCAUCUUUGAAUGGAGCCAGUUUGUUUGCUUUUAUAUUUCUUUGCCUUAUUGUGUAUCCUUGCUUUGUUCUUGAUCCACAGGGGGAAGCAUUCGGUCUUUGCAAGUGUCAGGUUAGGUUUUUUGGAGAUGCCUUUAUCAUACUAAGGAAGUUCCCUCUUUUUCUAGUUGCUGAGAGUUGAAUAGGUGUUCAAUCUUGAUCACAUGGGGCCAUAUGACUUGCUCUGGCCAGAGAAACAUGAAGGAAGUCAUAGACAUCUCUUCUAGAUAGGCGCUUGAAGAGCCAGUGUAGGAUUUGCUACAUUGUCCUCCCACUGCCGCUUCUGCUGUGAUGAAGCGUUGGGCAUCAGUGUGAACAAGAAAGGGAUUGUUGUUGGGGUAAGCCAUGAGGUUUUGGAGCUGUUUGUUAAUGUAUUACAGUCUAAUGAGAAGGUUCUUGCCCUCAGGACAAACUCCUUGCCUUCAUGGAGCUUACAUUCUAGUGCAAGUGGGGCAGACAAAUACACGUAAUGUCAGGUGGAGAUUAGUGUAAUGAAGAAAAGCAGGAUCCGAGGCUCCAGCACCUUUUAGCUUUAGAUAACGGUUUUUGUGGAAGGCCUCCUUAAAUGAGGCAGCAGUUGGCCUGAGAGCUGAAUGAAGUGAGGGAGGAGCCAUGAGGUGUCUGGGUAAGGAAGGGUCUUCCAGCUACAGGAACAGCUAUGCACAGCCCUAAGACAGGAACUCCAGACUCUCCUGGACAUGGAGGGUGUGACAAAACUGUCCUCCAAGUGAAAAGAGAAGGGCACAUUCACCCAGUGACUUCUGUGGUUUAAGCCAGGGCUGGGCUAGAGAGGGCCGCUGCUGUGUAUUAGGCAGAAGAUGACUAGUUGGCCAUGGCCUGGCCAGACCGCUCCAAUGCCAGCGUCCUUCAGCUCCUGGGAUUUCGAGCGAUGGGGCAGGGGGCAAAGAGGAAAGAGGGAGUACCUGAAUGUCCUGACAUUCUGGCAUAGGGGCUUUCUUUGAGAAAAAUCAUUUGACUGAACUUGAGUUUGUGAGAUAGCUCAUGACCAUUACUUUCCUGAGUUAUUCUCCACCUUCAAACUCACCAACAGCUUCUACUGUACUUAGGAAGAAGCCUGCACUCAACUCUGCUAUCUAGUUCACCUCCUGUCUCCCCUCUCCCCUUAGAGAACCCUGCUCCAGUUGCCCCAGGUUUCUUUCAGUUCCUUCACAAAGUGACACUUUCUCUGCGCUGUUGGAAAGGCUGUUCCUUCUCCUGAGAACACUCUUCCUGCUUUCUCCUGGCUAACAUCUCUCAGGGCUCAACUUAAAUGACAGUCCUCCUGGAAGCCUUCCCAGACAAGCCUGGGUGCUUCUGUCAAAUGCCACCUUAGCAUUUUGUCCUUCUCCUAAUAGCACUAAUCACAUUGUCUUGUAGCUUUAAAAAAUUAUCAAAUAAUUCAGACACCCAAAGAAGUAUAAAAAAUAAUACAAAAUGCACCGUAUCACCCAACUUAAGCAAUGAAACACUGCCAGUGAAGCCCUUAAGGUUCUCCUCCCUUCCUGCUCUCAACCCUUACCAGAAUUUAAUGUUUAUCUUUCUGAGACAGCCAGGUGGGAAGGGGUCCCCAGAGAAACUCCAACUGGCAUGCACACUGGUGUGCUUUGCAUGUCUGUGUGGUUUGUAGGUAACUUCACUGCAGGCCUCCAUCUUGUUUUACAAUCUGGGGGCAUGGCCUGUAACUCCCUGGUAAGGCUUUGUUUAGCAAUCCUGCCUUAGGGAGUGAGUCCCUUUCUAGUUUGAUAGCUGCAUGUUUUCCUAGCCCUGUCUCUUAAAGGAUCCCACCCAGUGACUGAGGUUUCUUCUGCCUGUCUGUGUAACUAUAUAUAUAUGUUGUGUAUGAUGUCUGUAAAAAGAGCUCUAAUUAAUCUGGCCUAAAGAAAGACAAGCGCUUAGAUCAAAUUUUUUUUAAAGAGAAGAUAAAAGCUGUGGUACCUUUCAGUUUAUGUGACUUUAAUCUUUGAGAAAUAAAAACAGCUUUAAAGAUUAUUGGUAAAAAGCAGAUGCCAUCAAAAUGUAAAUAGGCGGACUAAAUUAUGCAGGCCAGAUGCAAGGUUUGCUAAGUGUUUUAAGGUUAUAAAUUGCUUUUUGGGUUUUGAGAACUAUUUGACUUGCUGGCUUCACAAUUAUUAAGGCCUGGGAACAUAUGGAACUAACCACACCCUUAAUUAUGCUAGGAGUCAAACCUUGGCUGCAUCUGGCACACAAAACAACUUACCAAGUUUUACAUUAAAAUUAAAAAUUGCUAGGAGUUACUGUUUUAACAUGUAAUUGAGACUACUGGAAAUAGAUUUAUAUGCGAGGUGUGUAAGAACAGUAAAUUUUUUUUUUUUUUUUUUGAAACGGAGUCUUGCUCUGUCGCCCAGGCUGGAGUGCAGUGGAGUGAUCAGGGCUCACUGAAUCCUCCGCCUCCUGGGUUCAAGCUAUUCUCCUGCCUCAGCCUCCCAAGUAGCUGGGAUUACAGGCAUGCGCCACCACGCCUGGCUAAUUUUUGUAUUUUUAGUAGAGAUGAGGUUUCACCAUGUUGGCCAGGCGGGUCCCUAACUCCGGACCUCAUGAUCCACCCGCUUCAGCCUCCCAAAGUGCUUGGGAUUACAGGUGUGAGCCACCACGCCCAGCCAAAUGUGUUUUUUUGUAAAAGGUUAUAAGAAGGCAUGGAAAUGUAAAUUUUUGCCUAGGGUUAAAGGAUUGUUUUAAAUUAGAUAGGAUGAAGUUGCAGGUUCAAACAAGUGGUGGAAGCAUUGUGGAAAUUAAUCUUGCAAAGGGGUUCUCUAUGUGAACAUAUUGACUAAAUUUCAAAGGGUAUUAUAUGAUUUUUCUGUAAAUUGAGCAUUGAAAUAAAAGCACAACAAGGUAUUCUUAAGGCACUGAUCUGCUCUUCAGCAAAAUUUGUAAAGGGUUAUAAAAGAUUUUUGCUUCUUUAAAAUUUCUGAGUCAUCAUUUUGGCAAAAUAAAUAACUUAUGGUAAUCUGGAAUUCUGUUUCAUAACAUCAAGUGCUUUAAACCUCGAACAUAUUUAACAGCCUUCCCAAAAUCAAACUUCAGUUUCAAAAUUGUCUUUCCUGAUGUUUGGCUUUUUGGACUGUUUGGAGUGCCCCUGAAAUAUCCAAGAAAUAGGUAAACAGGAUCAUUUGACAUGUUUAGGUACAUGGGAUUGCCAAAAUGAUGUUCAGUUUUCUUUAGGUUAUAUUUUUGUGAAUAAUGCUAAUAUAUGUUCCAAAAUUAUAUGGGAUUUCUAAAACUCUAAGUAUAUGCUAUCAACCAUAAUUAAGGUUGUUAAGUUAUUGUAAACCACAGAGAUAGCCAAACUUCUUUGUCAAUUGUGUUUCUAACUGCAACUAACCUGGACAUUUGGCUAGUCACAGACAAUUGUUGUCUUGUUUUAAUCAUUUUCAAAAGAUGGUUUAUAACAAGCAAUAGGACUCUGGCAGGUACUCUCAAAUACAGGUUUCUGAUAACUUUGGAGAUUGUCACAUUGGAAUAAAGGCAAAUGUACAGGAUUCAUAAAGAGCUGAAGUGUUCACGAAUAUCAAGCAAAACAAGAACUAAAUGGACUGAACUCAAAGCUGAAGCAAACUUUUUGACUUUUGCUGGGAAUAUUGUUGAUCCUUGUUUUGUUUUUCAGAGUCAGGGAAACUUAAACUAUUUAUGGUCUUCAAUAAUUGACUAAGGUAUACUCCUGUGAACAAGAUUUGGAGCAUGCUUGUU